AUGUUCGCUGAUACUUCCAUAAUCCCAUCAACUGAGCCAUGUCUCCGUUGUAAAUGUUCCAACAAAAACCUGGUUUGUGUUCGGCGUGUAUGCAAAGAUCAGCCUUAUCCACCGCCUCGGUCAUGUAUCCUCGUUUACAAGAAAUCAAUGUGUUGUCCAUAUCUCUCUUGCUCCAAGUAUCAUAUCAACUUUUAUAAAAACAGUGAGAGAAACAGCGAGCAUCUUAAUCGUCUUCAAGUGAGCCAUGAGAAGACUUUAGAGAAGAGUUCAAGAACAGAUGACAUUGAUGAAGAGACGAAUGGUGGUUGCAUUGAAAGUGGAAGUUUAUACGCAUCAGGUUCUGCUAUGGUUCGAUCAUCAUCAUCACUUUGUUCGUACUGUUAUUGUAUUAACGGCCAACAAAAGUGCAUUAAACCGAAAUGUGAACUUCAAAAUACAAAGUGUAAACCAAUAUUCAUGGACGCAUCUUGUUGCCCCGUUAAGUACGACUGUUCAUCGAAUGCAACAUCGUCUGCAACAGCUCAUGAGAAUAAAAUUGAAAGCCACAAAAAUGUUUUUGCAAAGAGGAAGAACCGAAGCAACGGAUGUUUUCAAAGCGGAAAAUACUAUCAAGAAGGAGAGAAGCUUCCAUUAGAUCAAAAGCGUCCGUGUGAAAUGUGCUAUUGCAUUAAAGGUUUUCGCAAAUGUGUAGUUAAAAAGUGCGCGCCUUUGAUUAGAGGUUGCAUCCCUAAAAUACCAAAGGAAGGCAAUUGUUGUCCAACAAGUUACGAUUGCAGCAGAUCAUUAAAGUUGACGAGACAAGUACGACAAAAUGUUGAAGAAGAUGAUUCCGAUUCCAUUGACUUUUUCUCACUUUUAUUUGGUGCUGACGAGCCAGUGGAAGAAGAAGAAUCAACAGUUAAAGUAAAUGUAAUCGAAACAACAACAUUGCAACCAUUCAAAAUGUUAUCAACGACAGAGAAAAGCUUUUUUGAUUUAAUUCGUGCGGGUUUGGAAAUUAUUGAUGCAAAUGCUGACAAUAUUGACUCGUCACUCAAUAAUGUUGUGUCAACACCGAAAAUAAUUCCAUUAAAUGGCAGUACAGACGAGACGGAUAUCGUAAACAUUAAAAAUUCACAAACUCCAACAGAAAAACAAUUUAUUGAGUCAACGACAAUCAAAACGCAACCGACCCGAAAAACAGAAUCCACGACUACCACAAAGAAAUUACCUGAAAAAGUUUCAACUUCAUCCAUUGAAGCAACAACAUCAAAAUCUUCUUCGACAGUUGAGACAGCAAGUAAAACGAAAGACGAAAUUUCCACCUCACCACAACCAGAUAAAAUAACAAAGCCAAAAGUAUCAUUGUCAACAUCAAAAAUAGCGACAACGACAACCGCAACUACGACUACAAGUAAAUUGAGAACAACCUUGAAGCCUAUAACGACAGUGACAAUGACAAUGAAAACGACGCGAGAAAGGCUUCAAGAGACAACACCAAAAAUUUUAAUUCAGACAACUAGCGGCACAUCAUCAUCAACAACAACGAGAAUAAAACCAACAAAGUUUACGACUUCGAGACCACCAACAACAACAACAACAGCAACAGAAAAACCAGCAUCAACAACAAGAAGAACCGAAGCAACUACAAUGAAAAGUCAUCAGAUCCUUGAGGCUAUUUACGGUGCCGGAAUUCUGCCUGUCUCGAAAUUCAACGAAAAUGAAGAAAAUGAAGCCGAAACAUUGCCAAAUAUUGAAAUUAUUCCAUUUGUAGCCCACGACGCCAUUGAUACUGAGAAUUAUGAGCCGUACCUUAAACCAUACGACAAUCUUGAAAAGGAUUAUUUCGCAACUGAUAAAGCAAAGCCAUUCCGCUAUAACAACAAAUUUAUUCAUCACUCUUAUGAUGAUUCAGCCGAUUAUGCUUACACAAACCCACAUGAGAGAAUCGAUAAUAGCCCGUAUUAUUUCGAUACUAACGACAAUCAAUUCGAUGCCUUUUCUCCGCCCAGUGAACAGGAUUUUUUGGGAGGCUUCAGCCCUAAGGAGAGCAUUUAUGAUGAAGUGCCGACUAUUGCCAGCCAUGAAUUGCCACUCAAAAAUAAUGAAUUCUCACAAUUGCCUCUUCAUGCAGUUCCAACAAUUCACGAACAUAAAUCAAACGUGACUUCGACAGAGAACACUUUAACUUUCCCCAUAAAUCAAACGUCUCAUAAGUCGUCAGAUGAUGCUAAACAGCAUGAUAUGAUACCGAAUUUCAAGAAAAUUUCUUCGAACUUCACGAGCUUCAUUGAUGAUUUGCUGCAGGGAAAUGUUUUAGAGGAGACGUCGACGAAAGUUCCGACGACACCAACAACAAUAGCACCAACAUCGGAAUCAACAAAAAUGACGACGUCUGCAUCAACAUCAACAAGUAAAGCAGUGGAAUCGAUAAUAAAUGAUGAUGACUUCAUAAUAAAACAUUUCAAAGCUCCCGUUGUUCCAGUGAAAGCAGCCCAAAGCCCGUCACGUCAUGAAAUCUUUUCGAAACCCACGUCGCCAACAAUGAAUGGUUUACUUAAACUUGCCGGUUGUAAUAUUUACGGGCAAAUGUACGCUGUUGGUCAGAUUAUAGCGGAAUUAUCAAGUGAAUGCCUUGAAUGUAAAUGUCUUCCUGACAUCGGGGUCGGUUGUUCACCGAAAUGUUAAUAAUUAAUUAAGUUUCAUCGAUUUUUACUUACUUUUUAGAAGCUUUUUAAUCAAAAAGAAAAAUAAGAAAAGUUUUGAAAGUUUGUCGGGAAGUUUAAAAGUUUCGUGAUAGUGAAAGAAAUGAAACGUUUUGAUUAUGUUUAUAAUUUAAUUGUGCGACGUUACGCAACUUUUCUGAUUCCUUUUUUUUUCUUUUUGAUUUAUUGCGAGAAAGUUGAAUCACAAACAAAGCAUUUAAUAAAUUUUUAGUGUCGAGG